GCGGGGAGCGGGGCGGUGCGGGACGCGCCUGCCCCUUCAGGCUCCGCGGCCGCCCGGGCCCCUCCGCGCUCCGCGGGCGCUGCCUCCCGCUCGCUGUCGCGACAUUCGGCGACAUUCAGCGACAUCCCGCGGCCACACCGCCCUUCCGCCGAGCCGUGCCAUGGCCACGCCGGCCAAGCGCCGGGCGCGGAGCCCCGCCGGGGAGCAGGGCUCCCACAGCGGCUCCGGCAGCUCCGAGGGCUCCGACAGCGGCUCCGAGGGCUCGGAGUGCUCCGACUCGGACGAGCCCAUCGCUGAGGAAGUGAAUGUUGAAUUUGAGGCACAUUCCAUAUCAGACAAUGACUAUAAUGGGAUAAAGAAGUUACUGCAGCAGUUGUUUCUAAAAGCUCCUGUUAACACUGCUGAAUUAACUGAUAUAUUAAUACAACAGAACCAUAUUGGGAGUAUUAUCAAGCAAGCAGAAGUGCAGGAAGACAGUUCUGAUGAUGAAGAGGAUGAUGAUGAAGUAUUUGGUUUUAUAAGCUGCUUGAACUUAACAGAAAGGAAGGGCACCCAGUGUGCUGAGCAAAUCAAAGAGCUGCUUCUGAGUCGCUGCGAGCAGAGCUGCGAGCAGCGCGUGGUGGAGCAGCUGAGUAAACUCCUCAACGACAGCACCAAGCCUGUGGGGCUCAUCCUGAGUGAGAGGUUCAUCAAUGUCCCUCCACAGAUUGCUCUGCCCAUGCACCAGCAGCUCCAGAAGGAGCUGACUGAGGCACAGAGAACAAACAAACCCUGUGGGAAGUGUCACUAUUACCUCCUUAUCAGCAAGACCUUUACAGAGGCCACAAAGAGCAAUUCUAAGAGGAAGGAAGGGAGGAAUCAGCCAAAGGAGGAAUUAAUGUUUGCAAAUGCAGAGGAAGAAUUUUUUCAUGAGAAAGCCCUUCUGAAAUUCAACUACUCUGUGCAAGAGGAAAGUGACACCUGUCUGGGUGGCAGAUGGUCCUUUGAUGAUGUACCCAUGAAGCCUCUGAGGACAGUUAUUGUAGUUCCAGCUGAUGGAAUCCAUGGAAUUAUGGAUAAACUCAAAGAUUAUCUCUCACUCUGAGCUCCCCUGCAAACAGCAGGUUUUUACAGAGCAGCCAUGCAGGACUGUGACCUCACACUAGCUGCAGGACUGCUGUUGAGUCAACGGUUUUGUACAACCAAAAAUAUCAACAAGUGAAUAUUUUUAAAUAUUGCAUCUUAUUUUACUUUGAUAUCAUCAUGAAGCAGUCAAUAAAAACCCAGUGUCAAAACCUGAA